UUUCGCGUGACUUCCGUUAUCUCGCGAGAUUAUAACACCUUGUUUUGUGAGGGUUUUCACCAGGCCCGAAAAUGGGGAAAGCCGACUUUUUCUCGCCCAAGGCGAUAAGCAACCGGAUCAAAUCCAAAGGUCUGCAGAAGCUGAGGUGGUAUUGUCAAAUGUGUCAGAAGCAAUGCCGAGAUGAGAAUGGCUUUAAAUGUCACUGCAUGUCCGAGUCCCACCAGAGGCAGCUGCUGCUCGCCUCGGAGAGCCCUCACAAGUUUAUGGACUUCUUCUCUAAUGAAUUCAAAACUGGAUUUCUUGAUCUGCUGCGAAGGCGUUUCGGGACCAAGCGCGUGCACAACAACAUUGUGUACAACGAGUAUAUCAGCGACCGCGAGCACAUUCACAUGAAUGCCACGCGCUGGGAGACGCUCACCGUCUUCACCAAAUGGCUGGGCAGGCAAGGUUUGUGUAAGGUGGACGAGACGCCGAAAGGCUGGUACAUCGAGUACAUCGACCGUGACCCAGAGACCCUCCGCCGCCAGGAGGAGCUGGCGAAGAGGAAGAAGCACGAGUUGGACGACGUAGAGAGGAGCGCCAAGUUCAUCGAGGACCAGGUCCGCCGAGGCCUAAGCACCAAGGAGGAGGAGGAAGAUCCCGUUUAUACCGAGCUGCAGCGAGAGAACGAAGAGGAAAAAAUUGCUUUUAAUAUGGCCAGUGGUGCAUCAUCAGCCGGGCCUUCAACAUCAAGUUCUCUCGCGGCCUCCAGCGCGCUGAAGAAGGCGUCCUCGUCAGUUAAGAGGAAAGACACGUCCUCUGCUUCCGAGUCGAGAGACAAAAAGAAGAAGUCUGCCUUGGAGCAGAUCAUCGAGAGUGAAGAGCGAAUGCGGCAGAAGCAGCAGCCCGUCAGGACCGACAACUGGUUGCAGCCCGACAUUGUUGUCAAGGUGGUCACCAAGAGGCUGGGAGAGAAGUAUCACAAGAAGAAGGCCGUCGUCAUGGAAGUGCUAGAGAAAUACACGGCAGUGGUGAAGAUGGUCGACUCGGGAGACAAACUGAAGCUGGACCAGAACCACGUGGAAACUGUCAUACCUGCACCAGGAAAACGUGUGAUGAUCCUAAACGGAAACCACCGAGACACAGAGGCUGUGUUGGAGGGCAUCGACGAGAAGAACUUCUGUGCUUCGCUCACGCUUGAUUCUGGUCCACAGAAGGGUAAGCGAGUGGAGGUCGCCUACGAGGACUUCUCCAAGCUGGCAUGAACCAACUUUCGUUUUUUUUUU